AUGUGGGUUGAAAAUGGACCUCUAGAAUCUACCCACAAAAUAGCUGCUGGAUGGCAUGUGGAUCCAGCAUUAUAUGGUGAUACAAAGACCCAUUUUUAUGCAGCAUGGACGAGUGAUAAUUUUAAGAAGACGGGAUGUUACAAUGUUCAGUGUCGAGGUUUUGUUCAGAUUGAUAAAAAGAAUUUUCUUGGUGGAUAUUUUCCCAACGUAGGUACCUAUGGUGGACCAACUUAUGAGGUUCUCAUUUCUAUUACUCAGAUAGAGUUUGGAGACAUUGUUGAUUGUUUUGACAUUUAUAAACAACCAGCAUUUAAUCAUCCUUUACUAAUAAACCAUACUUUGCAGCUGAAACCCAACUUUGAAAAUUUAAUUGAAAAAACAAGUGUGAAUAAUUCAGAAAUUGGAUCUAUGUUUGGGCUUUACAGAGAAAAAUGUCCAGAAGGAACAGUUCCUAUACAAAGAGUAAAAUAUGAUUUUACUAAAGGAAAUUUAUUAUUAAAUAGUCAUACAUUGGUUAAAGAUAUUCCUGGAGUUCAUAUUGCAGAAUUAUUUAUUCCAAAAAAUUAUGCUCCUUUGUAUGAAGUUAGCGGAAUUAAUAGCGUAUAUAAUCCCAUGGUUGGAAAAGGUGAAAGCUCUAUAUCUCACAUAUGGGUAGAAAAUGGACCUCUAGAAUCUACCAACAAAAUAGCUGCUGGAUGGCAUGUGGAUCCAGCAUUAUAUGGUGAUACAAAGACCCAUUUUUUUGCAGCAUGGACGAGUGAUAAUUUUAAAAAGACAGGAUGUUACAAUGUUCGUUGUCGAGGUUUCGUUCAGGUUAAUAAAGAGAUUUUCCUUGGAGAUGGUUUCUCCAACAUAAGUACCUACGGUGGACCAACUUAUGAGGUUCUCAUCUCUAUUAUUCAGGAUCCAAAGACAAAAAAUUGGUGGAUAAGUGCAGCAAAUAUAAACAUUGGGUAUUAUCCAGCAGCAUUGUUCUCGAAUUUGGGAUCAGGAUCGAUUGUUGGAUGGGGUGGGAGAACACAAGCUAAGGUUGGAAGUCUUAGUCCUCCAAUGGGAACUGGGCAUUUCCCUAAUGGAAUCAAAGACCAUGCAUGUUAUUUUAGAUCUCCCAUGGUUCAAGAUGCAUCGAGAGAAUUUUAUAUACCUAAAUCUAUUAUGACAAGAACCUUUUCUGACAACAGUGAUUGUUAUGGUGUUUAUUACUAUAAAGAUUUUGGAAAGCUUUAUAAAGAAGGCCUUAUCCAAUUUGGAGGACCUGGAGGCAAAUGUGGAAGUUAA